UCGAGGCUUUGCGCUGCACACUGCUUCCUACUGUAAGCCACCACAGCACUAGGAGCAGCCGACCACAUCCAACUGGAACCAUGCAGUCUGCCGAGGCCAAAUUUAUCAAAAACAGCCUGCACUUGGCUCUGACAGGGUACAGCUCAGCUGUUAGUGACAUGGAGCAGACCAUUCUCCUGCCGAGCCUGCUGCGAGAUGUGCCCUCUGAUGAGGCGUGGGACUGUGAAGCUACAGAAGAGUCCUGCAGAGACCUGCAUAGCAACUACCUGAUGCUCAAGGCCAUAAGAAACACAGUGGAGAGCAGCCUGGUUUUCCUGGAUGACCACAAGGUCAAGAGCAACAUGGCGCUCAACAAGACCCUGGAGCCUCUCCUGGACAGCGAUCCUGAAGCUCUCUUCCGCUUCCACCUGAGAGGACUGUUUUAUGUGAUGAGUGACCUCACCAAGAAGACUCAGAGCCUCACUGUGAAAUAUAUGGACAUCAUUGGAGUGGCAAAUUAGAAAGCAUGUACGAUUUGUGGACUUUAAGCAACAACAAAAACAUAUGGCGUUUGUAAAAGCGCUGCAUAUGUAGCAAAGUCACCUGAAGAUGUCAAAUGUCUGAAAUGUGUACAUUCUGUGACCCAAUGCUCCCAACUUAAUAGAUAUGGAACAAAUGUGCAUUGUGAAUACUGAUCUUUUCUAUCUCUUCACAACUGUAAUAUUACCUUGGAAACUAUGGUUAGGAGAUAUGACAAAAUGUCUAUUGAUUAAAUGAUCAUGAAACAAGA